AUACAAAUGACUUCAGGAGCUUCAAAACACCAAAACGCUGGAACACCCAACACCAUGACAACAACUAACUUAACGUCUACAUCAGUACCACAAAGUGAUAGCCAAGCCACAGUUCCCACUACACAACUCAUGUCUCUCAAACGUGUCCUGGGGAUUCCUGGUGCUUCGUCUAUGGUGGCAAGAAUCAUGAUUGGUUCGGGGAUCUUUAUAUCAGCGCGUUGGGUUCUGGUAUACAGUGGGUCGGUUGGUUUGGCGUUCUUUGUAUGGCUUUUAUGUGCUGUGGUGUCCUUCAUCGGAGGACUGUGUUGGGUAGAGCUGGGUUUAACCUUUCCCAAGUGUGGAGGUGAAUAUAUUCUCAUUAAACACACUCUUGGAUCAGUUCCUGCCUUUGCCUUGAUAUGGCUUAAAACCCUCAUCACCACGCCCUGUUCCAAAGCAAUCGGUCAACUCACAUUUGCCCAUUAUGUUCUCGGGCCAUUCUUUCCCGGCUGCACCGACCGAGAGGAUCUGGUACCUCUUCUGAAGAUCAUAGCAGUCUGGUCCAUAUGUACCUUAUGUCUGCUCAACUGCCUGAGUGCUAACUGGGCAACUCGUGUUCAGAUAGUCUUCACGGUUGGUAAAUUCCUUGCUCUGAUGUUACUAAUUGGUACUGGGUUUUAUAGUCUUGCUCAAGGCCACACAUCAAGCUUCAAGGACUCGUUCAAAGACACCACGACUCAGAUAGGAAUGGUUGGACUUGCUUUUCAGAGUGGACUCUGGGCUUACGAAGGAUGGGAUAGCCUUAAUGACGUCACUGAAGAAAUUAAGAACCCCAAGAGAAACAUGCCAUGGUCAGUUCUCGGUAGCGUUGUCCUGGUAACCUGUUGUUAUUUUCUGGUUAAUGUGGGAUACUUGGCUGUUUUGACUCCACAAGAAUUGAAGGAAUCCCCAGCAACUGCAGUGUCUGUAGUUCAACGUGUGUACGGUUUCCAAGUGGCAUGGAUCGUACCCGCGUUAGUAGCGUGUUCUAUUUUUGGCUCUUCAAAUGGGAAUUCUUUCUCUUCAGCAAGGGUGAUGCUGUCUGCAGCUCGCGAAGGUCAUCUUCCAGCAGUCCUGGCCAUGAUUCACACCAACAAAAGAACACCCAUUCCUGCUCUGAUUUUAUCAACUAUCAUAGCAUGCUUAUUUUUGAUACCAAAAACGAGUACCGUUCAGAAUUUGAUGAAAAUCUUCAGCGCUGCUGUAUGGCUGACUUACACAUUGACGGUGAUUGGUUUGCUGUGGACGAGAUACAAAAAACCUGAUUUACCGAGACCUUUUAAGCUUCCAAUCUUCAUCCCCGUGUUGUUUCUCUUCAUUUCUCUGUACCUCACCAUCACACCGUUCGUCGACGCACCAGUGGAGACGUCAAUUCCUCUUGUGUUUAUAUUUCUUGGAAUUCCUAUGUACUAUUUCUUUAUUUACUUCAAAGCAACACCUCGAUGCAUCGUGAUUUGUUUUGAAUGGAUUUCCUUCAAGACACAGCAAAUGUUGAACGUCAAGUKUUCAGGCAUUUCCAAGGAAAUAAAUGAAUGAUUUCUGUGCGAAAUGGAUGGGUACCCUGUGUUAUUUAUCAAAUGACCCCAUAAACACGAAGUGUGAGAAAGUGACAGAGAGCGAGUGUUGUCAAUGUUAUCGAAUGAAUCAAAGAUUAAAACGUCGUAGUUAAUUUUAAUGAAAAUCAAAGCGAA